ACACAGAGGAGCCUCGUUUUCUUCCAAACCCUCCCAGCUAUUGUCAAGAAGGAUCGAGCUGAGAAGCAGGUGACGGGAACUAAUGAGGAGAGGAAGACCGAGAGACUGCGAGAGGAGGGAAUUCAGGAAGGGAAGGGCUGCCGGCAAGCGUGGCUGACGUCAGAGAGGUGAAAAAAAGUGAGGGAACGGGAGGAGGAGAGCGAGCGCGAGGCAGAGAAGGCGAGAGCGACGGAGGAAGCAUGGCUGGGAGUCUCUUUAACAGGCUGUCUCUGGAGGAGGCUGGCUCUCUUAACUCUCUCAGGAGCCCAGGAGCGAUGCACAGCGUCCUGGACACACUGAGCGACAGCACCGGCUCCACCAUGGCCAACGAUCUGGACCUCAUCUUCCUGAAGGGCAUCAUGGAGAGUCCUGUGGCCCACGAGCAGUUCGAGGAGCCGAAGCUGGAGGCAGUGAGGGAGAACAACGUGGAACUGGUGCAGGACAUCCUGAAAGAUCUCACACCGCUCACCCAACAAAGCCAGGCAGCACAUGAACUUGCCCGCAUACUCAGUGAGCCACACUUUCAGUCCCUGCUGGAAACGCACGACUCUGUAGCCUCCAAAAGCUACGAGACUCCACCACCCAGCCCCUGUGUCUUCAUGGACCCUGCCUUCAACAACCAGCCCGUCCCUCCCGAUGCUGUCAGGAUGGUCGGCAUACGCAAAGUCUCCGGAGAACAUCUGGGCGUGACGUUCCGCGUGGAGGGCGGAGAGCUGGUGAUCGCACGCAUCCUGCAUGGCGGUAUGAUCGAUCAGCAGGGCCUCCUGCACGUCGGUGACAUCAUCAAAGAGGUCAACGGGAAGGAGGUGGGCAGCGACCCCAAAGUGCUGCAGGACAUGCUAAAGGAGGCCAGCGGCAGUGUCGUGCUUAAGAUCCUGCCCAGUUACCAGGAACCGCACACACCCCGCCAGGCGUUCGUGAAAUGCCACUUCGAUUACGACCCCGCUCACGAUAAUCUGAUCCCCUGCAAGGAGGCUGGACUUCGGUUCCACAGCGGCGAAAUCCUGCAGAUCUUCAACCAGGAUGACCCGAACUGGUGGCAGGCGUGUCACCUGGAGGGCGGCAGCGCGGGUCUCAUCCCCAGCCAGCUGCUUGAGGAGAAGAGAAAAGCGUUCGUAAAGAGAGACCUGGAGCUAAACACGGCAGGACCUCUGUGUGCAGGCAUGGGUGGGAAGAAGAAGAAGAGAAUGAUGUACCUGACCACCAAGAAUGCAGAGUUUGACCGACACGAGCUGCUGAUCUACGAGGAAGUGGCGAAAGUGCCGCCGUUCCGGAGAAAGACCCUGGUGCUGAUCGGCGCCCAGGGAGUCGGACGGCGGAACCUGAAAAACAAGCUGCUGAUGUCACAACCUCAUCGCUACGGCACAACGACACCCUACACGUCCCGUAAGCCCAAAGUGGACGAGAAGGAGGGACAGAUGUACCUGUUCAUGUCGCGCAGCGAGAUGGAGGCGGACAUCAAGAGCGGCCGCUUCCUGGAGCACGGCGAGUACGACGGUAACCUGUACGGCACCAAGAUCAACUCCAUCCACGAGGUCAUCGAGUCCGGAAAGGUCUGCAUCCUGGACGUCAACCCGCAGGCUCUCAAAGUGCUGCGGACAGCGGAGUUCCUGCCCUACGUCGUGUUCAUUGAAGCCCCUGACUUCGAAGUGCUCAAGGACAUGAACAGAUCUGCGAUCGAGGCCAGAGUCGUCACCAAACAGCUCACUGACUGCGAGCUGAAGAGGACGGUGGAGGAGAGCGAGAGGAUCCAGAGAGCUUACGGUCACUACUUCGACCUCACCAUCGUCAACGAUAACCUGGACGCCGCGUAUCGCAGCCUGAAGGUGGCGCUAGAGAGACUGAGCGCCGAGCACCAGUGGGUUCCUGUGAGCUGGGUUUUCUGAGCCUCGUUAAGAUUCCAUGUGUUUAUACGAGAGUGUGGUGAAAUGUGAGCAGCUCCUAAACAAACCUGUUUUAAAUGCUACCAAAAAACCCACCACGUUUUUUUUUUUUUUUUUGGUUUUUGGUGCGUAUUUACCAACACGUGCUAUGCGCCCUCUAGUGGCCAUGCAGUAAAUUAACCCUCACCUGUGUUUACCUAGAAUUUAAAGAUGACCACUCACUCAUUCAGUCACGCAUGCCAGGCUUGUGCGAUUAUAACAAUUGAACCAAUCCUAUAUCUUACUACAUCCUACAAUUUUACACUGCCGCAAUGUCCAGGGACAUUCAUUCAUUCACCUAAUACGAUCUUACUAAUUGUGCAGGUUUACUUUUUCCCUUAAACGGUAAAACCAUACGAGACUGUACUCGUGGGUGAAGUUUUACAUUUUAUCAUUUACGAGCCCCGCCUUUUUUUUUCUUUUUGUGAACGCAUCAGCCGUGACCGUAAUUGCGAUUAUAAGAAAAUGGCGGACUCGAAAGGAAAACAGUCAAAAGACCCCCUUGAUCCAAAUGACGUGACCAAGACGAGUAUAUGUUUAUAAUAUUUUUAUAUAUAUAUAUAAAAGGUAUAUUUAGCAUGUACGUCUUCAGGUUGAGUCCAACUUCCUGAGCAGCCAUUUUAGAUCUCUGAAAAUCUUUUAUGGACGUCCUUAGAGUAAAUGACGACGAGGAUCUUCCAGUACCUUAAGUCAUAUAGAAGGUUUAUAGAAGGUAGCAGCAGCGCUCUUAAGUCCAAAGAGUAAGAAGCACAGGAACUCGGAUUAACCCUUCUUAGUCGCAAAAGCGGUUUUCUGGAGUCAUCCAUGCCGAUCCGCCAACAUCCGCUACGCAGGUCUACGUCGGUGAAGACCGCCGCGCCGUACAGGGACUCGAAGACGUCCUGAAUCCGGGGCAUGAGAAGACCAUCGGAAGGAAGUUUUCGCAUUCAGCUCACAGACAGUCCGGAGAAAACACGGUGGAAAAAGGUGUGGAUACGUCCAUUUGAAUCUAUUGAAGGCUCUGGAACGCAACAGAACCAUAACGUUCCUCAGAAUAGGGUUAAAGGUCACACUCUGGCCUAGGUCGAACGUGUUUGAGAAGGUCUUGAUGGUUGGGAAGAGAACUACAUGCUUAUAUAUAUAUAUAUAUUACACAUAUACCCUUAUUCCAGUAAUACUGUUACAACCGGACACUGUAACUACACUAUUGCUUUGUAUUUCUAGCGAUUCGAAAGAAAAGUAAACAAACAAAUAAAUAAAUAGUGUCCAGGAUGGGAUUAAACCUUUUAAUGAUGAUUGACGUGAUUUCUGAAGCAGGAGCAGAUGAGGAGGAAGAUUAGACGUGCAGGUCAGAUGGGAAGAAUUUAGUCUAAGUAUAAUUCAGUUCAAUAAUAUAGAAUAAAAUACAAACAGCACAGACCAUGACCAAAUUAAACUGCGCCUUCAAAGUUUAUUUAUUUAUUAUAUUAUAUAAAAACCGUUCCUAUUAAAUUCCUAAAGAAGUGAUGGAGCUGAGAUGUAGUUUAAAUGUGUGUGUGUGUGUGUGUGUUAAUGGAGACUGAACAGCGGUGUAUAUUUGUACAGACUCUGUGUGAACUGUAGAUGUUGGUUUAUAUGGUUUAUGGCGGUGGAAGAAGAGAAAGAGGGGAAUAUUCCUGUACAUGUUGUGCUUUAAAUCGACGUCAUGCCGACUGUAAAUAAUUACGAGCUCGUACUAUAACACAACGUCCUGGAAAUAAAUCAGCAAUAAGUGUCCUGUUACACAGAGACUUCCCUAAAACAACCCGAUUGAAGUUCGGUUCUGAUUCGGCUCGGAUCGGGUCUCACUGAUCACUAAUCACAGUCGUCUGUCUAAUAAACCUGAUCAAACCCCAUAAUGACUGAUUCAUCUGUGGGUGAAAGAGAGACGUGUGUGUGUGUGUGUGUGUGUGUGGUAAUGAUAUUUAACACAGUUUAUUAGAGAGGCACUUCCUGAAGGAAACACAGCGUGCUCAUGGGAAAAACAAAAAAGAGUCAGAAAGAAAGAAAGGUACAGUGAAAGCGAAGGUAAAAAAAAAAAAAAAUCUACAGGGAAAGAAAGAAAGUCAGAAAGGGAAAAUAAGCGAAAGAGGGACAGAAAAAAAUGAAAAGAACAAGUGAAAGAGAAAGAAAUAGAAUAAAAGGGAGAAAAAGGAAUGAGUGAAAGAAAGAAGAACAAGCUGUGAAAUAAAUAACGAAAGAAAGAAGCAUUAAGAGAAAUAGAAAGAAAGAAGGACAGACAAAAACUGAAAGAAAAAGAAAAUCAAGGAAUGAAAGACAGGAACAAGUGAAAGACAAAAACAGCGAAAGAAAGAAAAACAAACAGUGAAAUAAAUAACAAAAGAAUGAAGCAUUAAGAGAAAUGGAAAGAAAGAAAGGACAGACCAAAACAGUGAAAGA